GCCCUACCAAUCCCGAUUGUCCUCGCUGACACCACCCCUGCACCCUUCUGCGAUGCACUGUGGGUCCAAAUCCCGCUGCGCGGGUCCGAUUCUCUCCUUCUCGGUGUGGUCUACCGUAGCCCUUCGAGUCCCCCUGAGGAUGACCAAUUCCUCACACAAACCCUCGGGCAACUCUCCUCCAACUACCAUUUCACUCAUCUCCUGCUGAUGGUGGUCUGGGGGCACAAUUCGGCAUUUGUGGACUUUGUGAUCUACGGACUACUAGCAGGGGCCGCUGGUGUGCAACGAAUCGGUUAUCAUAUCACGUCGGCAGUUUCGAUUCCCACAGUCCCCAUAUCAUGGCGGGCUUUGAUUGCCGCAAAGUACAGUGGUGUGCACGUCUCUCAAAAGGCGUAUAUUCCCGGUGAAACGGACGCUGACCCCGCUUUCCUUGAGAAGUUCCCUCCCACCACUGUUCCCGUUUUCGAGGGCCAGGAUGGCACUUGUCUAUUUGAUGCAAACGCUAUCGCAUAUUAUUUGGGAACUGAUCAGUUGCGAGGUGGACCGUUGGAACAUUUGGUCACACAGUGGGUGAAUUUUGCCGAUAAUGCCAUCUUGCCACCAGUGGCCACUUGGGUCUAUCCCUGCCUUGGUGUGACGCAGUACAACAAACAAAACACAGAGAAAGCCAAAUCUAACUUGCAUGCCGUCCUAUCAUAUUUGAACAACUUUUUGCGCACCGUGACCUUCUUGGUGGGUGACCGUAUCUCCCAAGCCGAUAUCACGGUGUUCACUACUUUGCAUCCUCUGUUUACUCACGUACUUGACGAAGCUGGUCGUAAGCCGUAUCCCCAUGUUGUCCGGUGGUACACAACCAUAGCCAACCAGCCUCAUGUGUCAGAAGUGGUUGGUAAGACUGAGUUAUGUGUGAAAGAGGCACAGUUCGAUGCGAAGAAGUACGCGGAGUUGCACCCCAAGGAUGCCAAACCAAAGGCGAAACCAGAGGCGAAAAAGCCAGCGCAAGAGAAUCCGCAAAAGCCCAAGCAGGAGUUGGCGCAUGAACCUGAGGAUGAAGAGGAUACUCCAAAACCUCCCAGCAAAAACCCUUUCGCCAGCUUACCAGAUGGAAAUUUCGAUAUUGACGCCUUCAAAAGGACGUAUUCAAACGAAGAUAUCGAAAAAGUGGCCAUUCCUUAUUUCUGGAACCACUUCGACCCUGAGACCCACUCAAUAUGGUUUUGCGAGUAUCGCUACCCCGAGGAACUGGGGAUGAUUUUUAUGUCGUGCAAUCUCAUCGGGGGUAUGUUGCAGCGACUUGAGAACUCUGAAUCUGCCAAGGACAGUUUCUGUGACGCUCUAGGUGCCCUUUUACAGCAGGCCAAAAGCUCAGAUGUGAUUGCUGGUGUCAUGAAUGCCCAGAACCGGCUCCUCAAACGUCUGCCAGAUGGUACGAUGUCGGAUUUCAACGGCCACUGGGAAAAGAUAACCAAAAUGCUACUCUCAGCCGGAACGUCUGUUUGUGGUACAACCCGUCCAACCGCACCCAAACAUUGGAUCUCUGGUAGGACCACAUCUUUGCUGGAGCCCCGGCGACAAAUCCCUCCUGGACGCACUCCACUCAGCUCACUUCGGCGCCAGGUGAAACUGGGUACCCAUGCAGACCGAGAAGCUUGGUUGACCCGAAAGGCUCAAGAAAUGGAAGAUGCAAAUAAUGCUGGAAACGUGCGCAAGCUGUUUCACUUGCUUCGUUCGAUAGGGCCUCGGGAACCCCUUGUCAGCGAAAUAAUCAAGGACCAAAAUGGCUCCAUGAUAUGCAGCAAAGCAGAACGUUCGAACCACUGGGCGCAGUACUUCGAGCAGCGAUUCAGCUGGCCACCUACCUUCAGUCCAGCAUUCUGGCUUCCAACAGAAAGGUGGACCGUGAAUACGGAGCCAGAAGUGUCCGAGUGUAUUUCCCUACUCAAACAUCAUCGUGCUGCUGGUCCCGAUGACCUUCUACCUGCUCUUUUAAAGAAUGGUGUUGGACCUCCCAGCCACUACCUGUCUAACCUAUUUGUUGCCACGUUCGUGCUUAACGAACGUCCAGCGCUAAUGCCCUUCCAGUGUCUAGCUUCUAUCUUACCCGAAGGAAGCACGAGGGCUGAAAUAAUACCAGGUUUCUCAAGCCUAGACAAGAGCAGUCGAGGCGCAGAGGUUGAGUUCCAACCACGGACCUCCUGGUCUGUAAAUACUCGCUUUAAUCACAGUCAUCCCGAACCCAAACUUAGAACAGUACAAAACCACAAGAUU